CGGGCCCGCCGGCCGCGCACGCGCGGUGGUACGAGGCGCGGGUUAGAGCCGGUGGGGCCCUGGGCGGCGGGGCCCGCUCUCCCCCGCCCGGCUGCCGCUAGCCGCCGCCCGCGCUGUCCCGCGCCGUCCCUCGCCUGUGCGGGCACCCAAAAUGGCGAGCAAGGACGCGCUGGAGGACACGGUGGAGGAGCGCGUCAUCAGCGAGGAGUACAAGAUCUGGAAGAAAAACACCCCCUUCUUGUACGACCUGGUGAUGACACAUGCCCUGGAGUGGCCCAGCCUCACCGUGCAGUGGUUGCCUGAUGUGACCAGGCCAGAAGGAAAGGAUUAUGCUCUACACUGGCUGGUUUUGGGAACACACACAUCUGAUGAACAGAACCACCUGGUUGUUGCAAGAGUCCAGAUUCCCAAUGAUGAUCAGUUUGAUGCUUCGCAGCAUGACAGUGAGAAAGGAGAGUUUGGUGGCUUUGGAUCUGUGACUGGAAAAAUUGAAACGGAGAUUAAAAUUAACCAUGAAGGUGAAGUAAACCGUGCUCGUUAUAUGCCACAGAAUCCCUGCGUCAUUGCUACAAAAACACCAUCUGCUGAUGUGUUGGUAUUUGACUACACUAAACAUCUUCCAAAACCAGACCCAAGUGGAGAGUGUAAUCCUGACCUUAGAUUAAGAGGGCACCAGAAGGAAGGCUAUGGCUUAUCAUGGAACUCAAAUUUGAGUGGACAUCUUCUCAGUGCAUCAGAUGAUCACACUGUGUGUUUAUGGGAUAUAAGUGCUGGACCAAAAGAAGGCAACGUUGUUGAUGCGAAAGCAAUCUUUACUGGGCACUCUGCAGUGGUAGAAGAUGUGGCAUGGCAUCUGCUCCAUGAAUCUCUGUUUGGAUCAGUGGCGGAUGAUCAGAAGCUGAUGAUUUGGGACACAAGAUCUAAUACCACAUCCAAGCCAAGUCAUUCUGUAGAUGCUCAUACAGCUGAGGUCAACUGUCUGUCCUUCAAUCCUUACAGCGAGUUCAUUCUAGCAACUGGUUCUGCUGACAAGACGGUGGCCCUAUGGGAUCUUCGAAACUUAAAAUUGAAACUCCAUUCUUUUGAGUCUCAUAAAGAUGAAAUUUUUCAGGUUCACUGGUCUCCUCAUAAUGAAACAAUUCUUGCUUCAAGUGGUACUGAUCGUCGGCUUAAUGUAUGGGAUCUAAGUAAAAUUGGAGAAGAGCAGUCCGCAGAAGAUGCAGAAGAUGGGCCUCCUGAGCUGCUGUUUAUUCAUGGAGGACACACUGCCAAAAUUUCAGACUUCAGUUGGAAUCCUAAUGAGCCUUGGGUGAUCUGUUCUGUAUCGGAGGACAACAUAAUGCAGAUAUGGCAAAUGGCAGAAAACAUUUACAAUGAUGAAGAACCAGAUAUAGCAGCAGCUGAACUGGAGGGUCAAGGAAUGUAACUUUUCUUCCUUAAGGAAAUCCUGGGUGUGACAUAGUAAUAUAAUUUGACUACUGUAUACAUCUAAGAAAAAAACAAAAAAGCUAACACCCCACCCCCAC